AUAUCAUUUACAUCUCAGCACCAAAAAGCGAUAUGCGAGCGACAUGUACUUUGAGUCUGGGAACAAGGGAACAUUGUCGUUCUGGGAGAUUGACGAGACCCGGUUUAGCAAGGCGGAGGAAGUUAAGUGCGGAUUGUUCUUUGACACAAAGGACUCGUGGGGUUUCCAUCGAUCUCGGACGCAACUGCGCUGCUUGAAUUGCCAAGCUGUGAUUGGGUACACCUCAAAUGAUGGGCCGGAGGUCAGCCCCAGCCCUGGUGUGUACGGGCUCGGGCCGAGCCAAGCUACACCGAGACGAUCAAGAUAUCGUGUAAAGCUGAGGGCCAUCAUUCCCGACAGUGAACCCAUCAAGGGAAGCUUCGGAUAAAUAGGUUCCGCGGGGAUGGGAAAAAGGGGGGGUGGACUCUUCUGCCUCCCCUCAGAGUAACUAACCCGGCGGAAUCAGGGAUUCCCCCCCCAACUUAGGUUGUCAAGGAGUCCAAAUCAUCUCAUUGCCGAUUGCCGAAAUUGCCGUCGGAAGGUCUUUGAAUAUCUUCUGGCCAUGGGAGAUCUCAUUGCUUGAGAAUCUGUUUGUGCAAGAUGGCAUAUGGGGGCAGGAGAAGGAGGGGGGAGGAGGGGGAGGGAGAUGUGUAUAAGAGACAGAAGCUA